AUGGGCGGCGAGCGGGCGCGCCGGUCGCUGCUGGCGGCGCCCGCGGGCCUGCUGCUGCUGCUCGGCCUGCUCUGGCCAAGGGGAGCUUGCGGCGGCCUCCACGAAAAGAGGUUAUUGCACCACCUGCUGGACCACUACAACGUGCUGGAGCGGCCGGUGGUCAACGAGAGCGAUCCGCUGCAGCUCUCCUUCGGCCUCACGCUCAUGCAGAUCAUCGACGUGGACGAGAAGAACCAGCUACUAAUAACUAACAUCUGGCUUAAACUAGAAUGGAACGAUAUGAACUUAAGAUGGAACACAUCCGACUUCGGUGGUGUAAAAGACUUGCGGGUGCCUCCACACAGGCUAUGGAAACCAGAUGUCCUUAUGUACAACAGCGCGGACGAAGGUUUCGACAGCACGUACCCGACCAACGUGGUAGUAAGGAACAACGGCUCUUGCCUGUACGUGCCUCCGGGCAUCUUCAAAAGCACCUGCAAGAUCGACAUCACCUGGUUCCCUUUCGACGACCAGCGCUGCGAAAUGAAGUUCGGCAGCUGGACUUAUGAUGGAUAUCAAUUGGACCUUCAACUUCAAGACGAAGCGGGUGGAGAUAUAAGCAGUUUUGUCACAAAUGGCGAAUGGGAACUUAUUGGUGUACCAGGCAAGCGCAAUGAGAUCUAUUACAACUGCUGCCCAGAGCCGUAUAUUGACAUCACAUUCGCGGUGGUGAUCCGGCGGAAAACGCUCUAUUACUUCUUCAAUCUAAUUGUGCCCUGCGUGCUCAUCGCCUCUAUGGCGCUAUUAGGCUUUACGCUGCCACCGGACUCUGGAGAGAAACUUUCUUUAGGCGUCACAAUCUUACUGUCGCUGACAGUGUUCCUCAAUAUGGUGGCAGAAACGAUGCCUGCAACUUCCGAUGCAGUGCCUUUACUGGGCACCUACUUCAAUUGCAUCAUGUUCAUGGUGGCCUCCUCUGUGGUCUCCACGAUACUUAUCCUCAACUACCAUCACCGACACGCAGACACGCACGAAAUGAGCGAUUGGAUCCGUUGCGUAUUCCUAUACUGGUUACCGUGGAUCCUGCGCAUGUCAAGGCCGGGCUCGGCAGCAACACCACCACCGGCGCGCGCGCCCCCUCCGCCUGACCUGGAAUUGCGCGAACGAUCCUCCAAGUCGCUACUAGCUAACGUGCUUGACAUCGAGGACGAUUUCCGCCACGGCGUGCCGCCGCAGCAGCCCGCCUGCUGCCGAUACUACAGGUCCCUCGACGAUCUACACGAACACUACUCGCCGGGGGCUGAAGAGAACGGCGCCGGACUGGCGGCGCAUAGCUGUUUUGGUGUUGACUACGAACUUUCGCUGAUAUUGAAAGAGAUUCGAGUCAUCACGGAUCAGAUGCGCAAGGAUGACGAGGACGCGGACGUUUCGCGCGACUGGAAGUUCGCCGCCAUGGUCGUGGACAGACUGUGCCUUAUUAUCUUUACCCUGUUCACAAUCAUCGCUACGCUAGCCGUGCUACUGUCCGCACCACACAUCAUGGUGUCGUAGCGACCCGCCCGCUUGCGGCUGCGCAUGCGUAACGUUCUGUGAUACAGCAUAAAUACUUGUUAAGUUGUGAUGUGCGAAAGCGGCGCGGGCGCCGAUGCCGCGUUUCUAGGGAGUUGCUUUCCGCCCGCCUCGUCGCCCGCGCCCCCCUGUAGACAUAAGUAACCGCUGACUGCCAAUCCUGUGCAUUCAACCAAAUACUGCCUAUCCGACUUUGUUCUCUAAAUUUUGUGAUCUUGUGUCAAAGAUUUUCUUCCUUCUCUUCCGAGAAAACCACGUUGGUACUUGGAGAACUGAAUGCAAAAGAGCACUACUUCAGCGAUGACGAGUGGUUCCAAGGAAACGGCUCUCCGUAGUCGCGAUGCCUCGAAACCUUGACACGGAACCGUCGACACAAGUACGUGGCAGUAGGCGUCGGUGCCGUCCUCCAUUCUGGCCAGACGCCAGGACUCCACGCUAGAAUAGUCGCUAUUUCAUAGGCCACCUCAUUACAAGGUUGGUCAAUUCAAAAAAUUAGCACAAAAACGUCUUCCUUCAUACCGUUGAACGACCUGGUUCGCAUUAAAAAUUUAACUUUGUUAGAACUUCUCGAGUCUUGAAAUCUAUUGUACAGUUUAGGAUUUGGGCAGUGAAUAAGCAACGGCCCUUUGUUUCCUUCUUGUUCGAUUCCGUGAAUCGUGGUUAUGAUCCCUAAUUUUAUUUUCGGAUGUAUUUGUGUCAGUAGCUAGUAUAGAACUUUACAAACAAUGUUGAUUCAAUUGGUACAGGUUGUGAUAUGCCUCGUUGUGAACGGGUCGAUAUUGUUAUAAAUGGUAAUAUCCAUGGCUAUAGCUUAAUAAAACGUUCGUUAAAGUUGUAGUUAACAAGUACUUAUUAUUUUAUUAAAAUCAUGCCUGAGUCUUUCCGAAUGACAUAUACAAAUAAUUAAAAUUACAUAAUAUUAAAUUUAUAAGUAUACUUCUUUCCAUACAAUCAUAGUAAUUUGUCUGCAAUAAUGUUAGCUUUGAACAGAGUUUAACUUUUAUCAAGAUUUCUUAAUUGUGAAAACUUAUACCAUCCUUCUGAUUAUGGUAUUUAUCAAAUCAUAUGUUAUUCUUAUGUUACGACUAUUAAAAACGGAACAGUUUUGUUAUUUAAGUACAUAAGUACUAAUGUGCCUAUAAACAGUACAACAAUUCGACAUUUUUUACAAUUACGCGUAAAAUUCGACCAGCACUAGCGCUCAUCUGCCACUGUUGACGGCGAGUCAUUCGUUACAGUUACAUACUCAUCAUCCAUUUCUGAUCUAUACAUUUGUUAUGACCCGUACUAACUCAUUAAGUACAGCAAUACGGUAUUCGUUACUUUAAAUUUGUCUCUGGAAAACAUUGUGAACCUCUUAGAAAGAAAACGUCCGCAAAGCGGCAGAAGUCGAUGCGGAGGAUACAUUCAACGUGUUUAUGUACCCACGCAUGGCUUCAAUGUUUUCCUCCUUUGAGGCUUUAUUGAUAAUCGGUGGCUGAUCGAUUCUAAGAGGAAGUUGCGGACCGCCUACGAUUGUAUUUAGCAAUGUUUUUUCGGUCAUCUUUAUUUGUUUUUGUAUAAACUCGUCUCAUCGACCACUAGCGAGCGGUUGUGUGAUGGCCGGCCGGCGGAGCGAGUCCCGCACUGCACCCACCUGCAUGUUAGUGAAUGCGGCCGUUGCAGCGCGGAGCAUCGGCGCUCCGCUGGCUCAAAGGGGCGCCCCGGACCCCGUAAAUUGUUCAAUUUAUAAUAUAGGAGUAAUCCUCUGAAUUGCACAUUUAUUAAAUAUAAACGAAU